CCUGGCCGACAGGAUUUGUAUUGAGACGCCCAUAACUGGCAUCUCGGUACCACCGCUUGUGUACAAAGAUGCAACCAUCGGACACACAUCGGGCAAACACCAACCAUCUGAGUAGCCCCAGGCCGUGUAGCAUGGCUACAGGAAGUAAGACACCGCAGACAUUACUGCAUAUGGGAUCGCAGUGGCAAGCGGAAACACGCCCCCAAAACAGUCGCGACUCACCAGCAUUUUUACCUCCACUUCCCGUUACCUCCCCCAAACAGUCCCUGACUGCCAAUCACUUUGCAAAUAAAUCCUCCCUGCGACCGCGGCCUCAAGCCCAUUGCAGCACAUGCGCACAACGGCGUAAAAACAGGUGCACAUCUCUGAAUCCGGCCCCACUGAGUGUCCUGGAAGUCUGUUAGUCCAUUCGCUGAGUUCUGGAUAAAUGCCAUUAUACAGUAUAUAUGUUUUUCAUUCCUGGCCAAUAUGACCAGCCUGUCAAUCAAGCACCAGCUAAGUGUGCAAUCACCCUGAUAGUGGAAGUGAUACAAGUAUUAUCUGUCCCUGAUAGCUGCAAUAAAUGUCAGGUGGCUUCAGUAAUCCGCAGCCACAGCAAAGAUUAUAAUUAGUGUUCAGGUUGUUGUAAGGAACAAGCUGUCAGAUUACUGGGCUGGCUGGGAGGCCACCACUUACAGCAGCAGGAAUAUGAUUGUGUUUCCCUGGAGACGGUCGCCCGGGUGACUACAAACAGAAAGGAGAAUGAGUAUUAUGGACAUGGAGACCAGGAAGAGGGUCAGUCACCUGUACCUCACAUCACCUGUCACCGGCUGGGACGCAGGCUCUGCAAACAGGGAGUCCUGUAGCCAGAGCUCCUGCUAAAUCUACCAUGAGACUGGCCUGCCGACACUGGCAAUAAUGCUGCAGCCUGAUCCACAGAGCUCAGCUGUAACACAGGAGCUGGAGGAAGGAUAUAAUGGAAGCACAGAAGUAUCAGGAAUCUCCAGGAAGCCUCCGAGUGAAUGUGAGAAACAGCAGGAAAAGCCAACGAAUGGGAACCUCAAAAAGAAACCUAAGUCUGGUGUUGAGAAGCGGAAACAUGAUGUGCUGACUGCUGAAGGGCGGGUGCGGAAGACAGCCACCAACCCAGAUCGCCUGAAACUUGCCAAGCUCCAAGUGGAAAAAGCAGUUAAGCAAAAAAAAAUAUUCAGUAUCCAUGGCCCCUACCCGGUGAUACGCGACAGCCUGCGCAGCCGAGGAUGGGUGGAGAAGAAGUUUCCCAAGGUGGCAAAAGCUGCCCGGAAAAAGGAAAGAAUUGCAGAUGAAGAAACCGGGGAAGAUGACGGCGAUGGAAGUGGAAAUGAUGAUGACGCAGAUGAAGAUGGAGAGGAAGAGGAGGAGAAAGACGAUGAUCCAGAUGACACAUAUAACCUUAUGUCACGGCUGGUACGCAAUGAAAUACCCUAUUUCAUCUGGACGACCAGGCGAGAUGCGGUGGACUGUAAUUUGCUAAAAAAGGAUCAGAUAAUGAACCACUAUGCCAAAGCUGGGUCCUUCACCACCAAGGUUGGUCUGUGCAUCAAUUUAAGGAACCUGCAUUGGUUUGAUGAAGCUGACCCCGACUCCUUCUUCCCCCGUUGCUACCGGCUGGGAGCCGAAGACGAGAAGAGAGCGUUCAUUGAGGAUUUCUGGCUGACGGCUGCUCGGAGCAUUCUGAAAAAAGUGUCAGGAAGAAAAAGUAGCAGCAGCGCUGUGGGUGAUGAAACCAAAGGUGGUCACACCCAUGAACAGGUUAAUAAAAGAGCAACCAAAAAGCGUGGAGGCCGGGUGCCAGCUCAGGUUAUCACAACAGCCAUUCAGGCCUGCGAGUCUUACCUCAACAGCCUGGACCACAACGACAUUGACACCGAAACCACCUCGGCUUCCAUCAUGACAGAUGCAUCAUGGGAAGAAUUUCUGCGCUACUACUACCAGGUCAUCCACGAAGGAGCCGUCAUAGAGCAGUCAUUCUCCUACAUGGAUCAGUGCAGUCAUUUAUUGCGGCAGCUGGCGAAAGUGCAGCCGCAGCUGGACAUGGAAGGAGACCGGAACAUAUGGAUUGUUAAACCCGGAGCUAAAUCCCGCGGAAGAGGUAUCAUCUGCAUGGAUCGCCUGGCAGAGAUUCUAAAGCUGGUAGACUGUGACCCCAUGAUCGUCAAGGAUGGCAAAUGGGUGGUACAGAAAUACAUUGAGCUGCCGCUCCUUAUCUUUGGCACAAAGUUCGACCUGCGCCAGUGGUUCCUGGUGACUGACUGGAACCCGCUCACCAUCUGGUUUUAUCGGGAGUCUUAUAUCCGCUUUUCUACACAGCCAUUCUCUCUGGAGAACCUAGACACCUCUAUCCACUUAUGCAACAACUCCAUCCAAAAGAAUUUUGAGAACUCCAGGAGUCGCCACCCACAAGUGCCUGCUGACAACAUGUGGUCUAGCAAUCAAUUCCAGGAACACCUCCAGAGGUUGGGAGAAAAAAAGGCCUGGUUGGAGAUCAUUGUGCCGGGGAUGAAGGCGGCAAUCAUACACGCCAUGCAAAGUACCCAGGAUAUAGUCGAGUUUCGGAAAAAUAGCUUUGAGUUGUACGGAGCAGACUUCAUGUUUGGGGAGAACCUUCAGCCCUGGCUAAUUGAGAUCAAUUCCAGCCCCACAAUGGCGGCAUCAACAGCCGUAACCACCAGGCUCUGUGCUGGGGUUCAAGAGGACACCUUGCGUGUGGUUUUAAAUCGGAAGCAGGAUCGCAAUUGUGAUGUCGGCGCCUUCGAACUAAUCUACAAACAGGCUGCGGUGGACAUCCCUCAGUAUGUGGGGAUUAAUUUGUUGGUGGAAGGAUCCACAGUGAAAAAGCCUCGUACUCAGAAUAGACAACCCAAUGGACUUAUCAAUGUUGGACUCACCCAACUGAUCAACCAAAGGUCUCACUCCAUGGUGCAGGACAAGAUGUCAACUGGCAAGACUUUCGUUGGCAAUCAUAAUACCGCCAAACACCCAACCAUCCCAUAUUCAACAAAAAAUGCAUCCGGGCCUGCAAAAAACCCACAUGCCCUGAAAAGGGCAAAGACUACAGCACUUGGCAAAGAAAACAAAGCAACGAUAGACGUUAAGUGUGGACCUGAGAAUGUGGAGUUUAUGAGGCUUUCUAGCAAGUCGGGGGCCAAACACGUGGAUGCAAAAUUAUUGCUACAUAGAGCAAGCAUGUCAAAGGCAGAAGUCAUUCAACUUCAUCCACAUUUUCUUGCUGUUCCUAAAUUGUGUCUUUCGGAGAAACCUCUUCUAGUAAAACACCUAGCUGGCCAAAGGGAUGGUAUGCUCCUGGACCUGAAGUUCUCCAGCCUCAACACUCCAGAAUUGCAACUUUUUAAAAAUAUAUCAAGAGGGCUGGACUCCCUCCGGAUGCCCGGCUUGUCCUGCAAGGGACCACCCACUCUGACCAGCCAACAAGCUACAUACCACUGUUCCAAAGGUCCCCCUAAACCAAUACGAUUGCAGUUAUCCAAGGGCGCAAGCGCCAUCAAGUUCCAUAAUGACACUGGACCCCUCUCUGCCAGGGGAACCGCCCUUCUCACCACUCAUGCGGUCAGCGACACAGCGCAGUGACUGUAUUCUUAUAUCCGCCAUUGUACACUGCAAAAUAAAGGAUGGUGCUCCCUACUGUUUACAGCAA